GUUUUAUAAAUACAUUCUUAUAAUCCUCCUCUUCUUGUUGGAGUUUAAAACUGUGAUAUCUCAGAUAGUUACUUGUAGAGAACUGAAGCUAGCAAUUAUAAACUAUCAGCAUCUCGACUAAUGGCUUCAAAGAGAAUAAUCAAGGAGCUCAAAGAUUUGCAGAGAGAUCCACCUACUUCAUGCAGUGCAGGUCCAGUUGCAGAUGACAUGUUUCACUGGCAAGCAACCAUCAUCGGCCCUAAUGACAGCCCUUACUCCGGUGGCGUUUUCCUUGUAACCAUCUACUUCCCUCCCGAUUACCCUUUCAAGCCUCCUAAGGUUGCCUUCAGGACAAAGGUGUUUCAUCCAAACAUCAACAGCAACGGAAACAUCUGCUUGGACAUACUAAAGGAGCAGUGGAGUCCGGCUCUCACUAUUUCGAAGGUUCUUCUCUCCAUAUGCUCACUUCUGACGGAUCCGAACCCUGAUGACCCGCUUGUUCCUGAAAUUGCACACAUGUGCAAGACGGACAAACUGCGAUACGAUUCCACUGCAAGAAACUGGACUCAAAAAUAUGCGAUGAUGGGUUGAAAGUCGAGAAGCAUGUCAUGUUUAUUGAACUCCUUUCAACAGCAGCAGCCAACAAAGAAAUAAUGACUUUAUCCGGUCUAGCUUUAAAGCUUUUUAAAUUUGUUCUUAAAUUUUAUUUACCUAAUUGAAAGCAUCCUUCUAAUCAAUAUAUCCAUCUCCUAGUGAGAUAGUUUUCACUGGGAAAACCAAA